AUGCCACGGGCAACCAAAGGUGUUUUGAUUGAGUGUGAUCCAACAGUACGACAGAUCAUCUUGAAUCUGGAUAGCCAGACACAUGACAUUGUGCUAGAAGACCUAGAGGAGCGACUACUGGUACACUCACAGCAAUUACCACGAAUUCAUGCAGAGCUUGAGCGUGUACUCGAAGAGAAUGAGUUUACCUCACUUCCCACUUUUACUUAA